AUGGUUAAGAAGAAUGGGAAGAUAAGGAUAUGCGUAGAUUUCAGGAAUUUAAAUUCAGUUACCCCAAAAGAUGAGUAUCCGAUGCCCAUGGCCAAUCAAUUGAUUGAUGCGGCCGCCAAGAAUGAGAUUCUGUCAUUCAUGGAUGGUCACUCAGGAUAUAACCAGAUAUUCAUAGCAGAAGAUGAUGUUAACAAGACGGCAUUUAGAUGUCCGGGAGCCAUAGGCACUUUCAAAUGGGUGGUGAUGCCCUUUGGUUUGAAGAAUGCCGGAGCCACUUAUCAACAAGCUAUGAAUGCAGUCUUCCAUGACAUGAUUGGGAAAUUUAUGGAAGUGUACAUUGACGACGUGGUGGUAAAAUCAGCGACAAAGGCAAAGCAUCUGGCAGACUUGAGGAGAUCAUUCGAGAGAAUGAGAGCUCAUGCGGGGAAUUUUCUGGGAUUUUUGGUGCAUCGGAGGGGUAUUGAGGUCGACAAGAAUAAAGCUAGGGCGAUCAUCGAAGCUCAACCACUUCGCAAUAAGAAGGAGUUACAAAGAUUGAUUGGUCAAAUCACAUACUUGGGAAGGUUUAUUUCAAACCGUGCUGUGAAGAUCCAUACAUUUUCUCCACUUUUAAAGCUCAAAUCAGAGGAAGACUUUCGAUGGGAAAGGCAUCACCAACAUGUUUUUGAAUCAAUCAAGGAAUAUCUUGCUAAUCUUCUUGUCCUCAUGCCGCCUAGGAAGAAACAGCCGCUGAAGUUAUAUAUUUCAGUUGCGGAUGAGUCAAUCGGAAGAUAUGAAUCUCUGAUUAUUGGUCUUGAAAUACUCUUAAAAAUGAGGGCACAGACCGUUGAGAUCAUAGGUGAUUCAAGUCUAGUGAUCAAUCAAUUGUCCAGUAAUUUUAGGUGCCAAAGUUGGCACCUCAAACUAUUUCACUCUAUAGCCAUGCAAUUACGACUAGAAUUUGUAGAUGUAAAAGUCAAGCAUGUUUAUAGAUCGCAUAACAAAGAGGCCACUAAUUUGACUCAAAUAGCAUCUGGAGUCAGGGCACCAGAAGGAAUAAUGGAGAAUUUGAUCAGACUAAUGAAAAGAUCAUUACCCUCAGUUAAGGUGAGGGAAGAAUUGUUGGCAGAUGUCUUUGCAAUCGAGGUGGAAGAGGAUAUGAAGGAGGAUGAUCGGAGAACACAAAUCGUCGAUUUUCUAAAAAAUCCAGACCCUAAGGCUGAUAGGAAGCUAAAGAUCAAAGCUCUUAAGUUUGUGAUGAUUGAUGGAGACCUAUUCAGGAAAAGCAUCAAAGAUGACCUACUCUUAAGAUUUGGGAUCCCAGAAUCAAUCACAACUGAUCGAGGUUCAGCCCUUAUUGCUAAAGAAGUGCAGGAAUUUGCAGCAGAGUACGGGAUUAAGCUCCUAAACUUAACCCUGCACUUUGCACAAGGAAAUGGUCAAGCCGAGUCGUCUAAUAAGACGUUAAAAGGCAUCAUUGAAAAAAUGGUGGAAGAUAACCCCAGGGUAUGGCAUGAACUGUUAUCAGAAGCACUUUGGGCAUUUAGGACUUCUCAACGUUUUGCCAAUGGAAGUGACCUUGCUGUCAAUGAGAUUCGCAUUGCAAAACAAUGA